AUGUCUGUUGUCCAGAUCAAAUUCGGUUGUGGCGCGCUGGGUGCGAGCUGCAGAAUGCGAGCGAACGCGCAACCAUGGCCGCUACGGCACAACCGGACGGAAGCCAAGGACACUUUCUUUAUGAGCCGACGUCGAGAUGGAUGUGUCCGCGAAGCUGCGUUUGUGGAUGGCUCAAUCGUGCGCGCCUACGACGGACCCCAUUAUGUCACAACUCCGGUGCAGAUGCCAAUCACAGGCAACGCCAUGGUGCUGAGCGCCAUUUUAGCAGUACCCAGUACAGCGCGAUGCGAUGGGCUCAAUAGACAGAUAUGGAUGCGCGAAGAGACGUACCACUAA